AUGGAGAGGUACCAAAUAGUGAGGGAGAUUUGGGAGUGGCCCGACAAGUACUUUGGCAAGAGCCGCCCGAUCUUCCAGCUCGACGACGUCACAGGUGGAACGGACUACGAUGGCUCACCGGUGAGUGCUGCUAUUGUGCGAGAGUUUCUGGAGAAGAGGCUCCAAAUGGGUCUCCUACAAGCGGCUUCAGGAGUCGAGGGAAAAGAUGCUGUGCCGGGACAAGACACUGCUUUGCUGUGUUCUCAGCAUUUCCAGGACUUGGACACAGCUGAUUGUCGGCUCCGCGCCAAACGCCCCGACGAAUGCUGCUGUUUGGAGGCCACCGUCCAAGAAGCCCAGCGCUGUUUGCCCGUCCCCAGCGGUGCAUCGUCCUCUCUGGGGCCGUUCGUGGUGAACGGCACGUACACGGAGACCAAGCUCCACGACUUAGAUGAGGGGAGCAUCGCAUGGCCUCCCAGUCCCGAGGAGAUGGAUAAGGAGCUGCCGAAGAAAGUGACCUCACAGGAUCCUGAAGCGCCUGAGCAGAUCGACUAUGACUGGACACCAGGCCAGCAGUGGGAAGCCAAAUGCCUGGGCAACCAGAAGGUGGGUUACAUCAGAUCAGAGAAGAAGAGCAAACGGGUGCGGAGUGGAACACGAUUCCGUCGCGUGGGCAAAGUCUCGCACUCAGUGCCAGUUUAUAAGACGAAGCACUGGACUGCAUACCAUCAGGAGUACAAAGAGGAGUGCAUCUCUUACGAGUACAAGCGCCGUUGUCCGCUAAAUCAUGGCCUCUAUGUCAAACAGUUCCCACUAGGCACUUGUACCAAGGUGCCAGGCGAGUCCAAUGACCAGUUGCAAUUGAUGGACCUCGGGGCCUUGACCUAUCAGUGCCCGGAAGGCUAUCAGAGCGGCGCGGAGGGCGCCAUGAAAUUUAACCGCCACUGCAGCUGCACCUCCGAGGAUGGCAAGGCAUCCUGCAGCUAG